UAAGUCUGCCGAAUCUUCCAGACACUCUGCAUCACUCUCCCUAUUUAUCAUCCUUACCAGAAAGGAAAGAGAGCGUUUAAGCUGCGAAAAAUCAGUUUACAAGAGAAAAUGGCGGCAUUCUUCGGCGAUCCUUUCCGGCGCUUUCUCUGGAGUCCUACAUUCUACCACCGCGCUCCGCCCGGAUCAGCCGCCCUCCUCGACUGGAUCGAGUCUCCCACCGCCCACGUCUUCAAAAUCAACGUUCCAGGGUAUAGCAGGGAGGACGUGAAGGUGCAAGUGGAAGACGGGAACGUAUUGGUGGUGAAGGCGGAGGGCGGGAAGGACGAAGCACACGGGAAUUGGAAGGAGAAGGAGGUGGUUUGGCACGUGGCGGAGAGAGGCGGAGCAACGGGGAAGUUUUCCCGGGAAAUAGAGCUGCCGGAGGGAGUGAAGGUGGAUCAAAUCAAAGCUCAGGUCGACAAUGGCGUCCUCACCGUCACCGUACCUAAGGAUACCAGUCCCAAACAAUCUAAAAUUAGGAACAUCAAUAUUACCAGCAAACUCUGAAAAAU